AAAAGAGCUGAGCUAUUAAGAUUGCCGUUCACUGUGUCUGGAUAGUCCUGACUUUGAUCCCACUUUUUUUACGAAAAUAAGUGGACACGUAUUCUGCACGUUAAAGGACGCAAUUGCUGGCUUAUUAUACUGGAAAAGAUUAUUUAUUUCAACGUAAUUAUUUUUAACAGAGCAAGCACUGUGAAGUUGGAAGUCUCAUGAAGUUUUCAAGCACCCAUUAAAUCGACGGAGAUAUUCCUCAGAACCAUGGGAUUUCACUUAGUUGAGGAUUGCAGUUAACUCUAAAGAAGGAGGACUGUUACAAAAUAAGGCGAACUUCUGUAAGCUUUGCGAUCAUUUUUGUUUCUGUGGAUACCAACAGAUUCAGUACUGACAAACUAGCCCAAAUUAAUUCUGAGGGGUUUCACUGAGGUGGUUCGUCUCAAAAUCGUGCUGGGUUGGAAAUGGAACCAAUGUCACUAUAGCCUUCGCGGGGGAAAUAGAGAAUUUCAACCGGCAAAUGAUUGAAGAAAUUAGCAUUUUAUCUAAAGAUUCUGAACUUCGAAAUUCACCCUUGGAAUACAACCAUGAACUUUAUUCUCAGUAUAAUAAAUAUUGUUUUGGCGGCACUUCUAUAUUUAUCAACUGUAAAGACUGCUCACAUACCUGUAGAUGGGGAGAGAAGUCCAAAUGAAGUUAUACCGUUUUUGGAAGUGUACAACAGGAGCUACUGUAAAACGAGAGAAACCUUAGUAGACAUCUUCCAGGAGUAUCCUGAUGAAAUUGAAUAUAUAUUCGCACCUUCAUGUGUCCCACUCAUGAGAUGUGCGGGCUGCUGCAGCGAUGAAAGCUUCGAGUGUGUUCCAAAUGAAACUUACAACAUUACAAUGGUGGUCAAGAAAAUCAAGCCCCAUCAUUUUGAUCAUACAGUACAAAUGAGUUUUACAGAACACAGAAGAUGUGAAUGCAGACCAAAGAACGAUGUUAAAGAAAAAAAAGAAAAAAAAUCCAGGAAGGGCAAAGGCCUUAAGAGAAAAAGAAAGAAAAACAGAGACAAAAAGCUCAACUCCCACUGUGAGCCUUGCUCAGAGAGAAGAAAACGCUUGUUUGUACAGGAUCCACACACCUGUAAAUGUUCCUGCAAAUUUUCUCAAUUACAUUGCAAGUCCAGGCAACUUGAGUUAAACGAAAGAACUUGCAGGUGUGAUAAGCCAAGAAGAUGAGGGGAGGUGAAAUGGACUUUGAAAUGAAGGAUAUACAGGUAGUGGACAAAAAAAUGGAAACCCCAAAGUAAGGUCACUUAUCAGGGCGUUGGGCCACCAUGUCCGGCCUGAACGGCCUGUAAGUACCGUGGCUUUGAGUCAGUCAACGUCUGAAAUUCUGCAAGAGGGAUGCGACACCAUUCUUCCAAGUGAAAGUCUGUCAUCUCGCGCCUGGUUGAAGGGAGGUGGAAACCGCUGUCUCUGGCGUCGAUCUAGAAUAUGCCUUAAAUGCUCAAUUGGGUUUAAAUGUGUAACUGAGAAGGCCAUGGCAUAUGGAUAACAUCGGUGUUAAGAUCAUCAAACUACUGGGCGACCACACGUGCUCUAUGGAUGGGGGCCAUUUUCAUCUUGGAAUAGACACCUCCCAGCAAGAAGGAAAAGCUGCAACAUGGGGUGAAGAUGAUCACUCAGUAACAUUAAGUAACAAUAAGCAUUGAACUUGCCUUCUAAGGGAAUGAGUGCACCCAAAUAUUGCAAGGAAAAUGCAGCCGACAACAUUAUACAACCACCACUACUGGAACCAAGCAGUCAGGACUGUAGAGUUCUUUAGGUUGGCGCCCCAAAUGCAUCCAUCCAUUUAUUUCUAACAUGGUGAAGGAUGAUCCAUCUGAUCAUAUCGCAUUUCUUGACUGCUUAGUUUUGGAAAGUGAAAAGUGGAACUGCUGGCCCGUACGGGGGCCGAGCCCGUGACUGCCACCUUGACUGCUCGAUAGCCAGUUGCCUGUGCUCUUUGCACCACUGGACUCACAAACAAAUGUGUGAUGAGUGGUUUGUCCACUGCAGCCCAAAUAAGGUGUCCAACUCUGUGGAGUUAUUGGUGAAACAGUUGAUAAAGGCUACUCGCACCACAGGUUCAAAUUUGCAAAUGUGCUUCAACAAUCACCCCUAUUUAAAAGUCAUUGAGGUAAGCUCUGGUAGCUGUGCUAACCAUAAUGAUAGGCAGCCAGUACUGUCCAGCAUUAUUAUAAAUGACCCUAAGCAUUAGGAUGUGGUUAGAAUAAGCCACACCUAUAUGGAAGCGCUGGCUUUCAAUGUAAGCCCCUCAUUUACCAAGUUGUUUCCAUUUUUCUGUCCACUACCUGUACAUAGCACAGCACUUUGAAUUCUGAUAUUUUUCUCUGGAGAUGCAUUCCCUGGAAUGAUUGUUUUUUUUAAAGAAAUCAUCCUGUUGUAUAUUUUCGAAAUAUUAAUAUAUAAAGAAAGUGAUGAAUAUGUAUUGCUGCUAAAGCCACCAGCUAUGCUGGUGCAUGAGAUGUCUGGGAUUCUUUUUUUUAAAAAAACAAUGAACUUUAUAUUAUAUUCACUGGAUUUGGGUCUGCUGUGGAUAACGAUGAGAAAAUAUGAUUAUAAGAGGUACAUGAACCAGGACUUAUGAUGGAGUACUUCAAUCCUUCAGGACAAACGGCUGCUUUUGUAUGGGGGAAUAAAGAAAAUAUACAGUACCAAGACACUUUCUGAAGGGAUGAGACAAAUGUUCCAACACUCGAUUUGGACCACAGAACUCCCUUUAUCAUUUCACUUCCUGCUUCUGUGAGGUCCCAAUUAUAUGGCCUCUGGGUGAGUGUCAAGAAGGCGACUGUAAUGACUAACAUCCAGUAGGACUCGGAAAGCAUAAAUUUAAAAGGGAUAUUAAUUGUAGGUAUAUAUGGAAAUAUAAUUAAUUACUUGAUUCCAUAUUUUGCCAAGGUUCAUUGGCAUUCAACGGAACACUGUAAGGCCUCCUUUGAAGCCUCCAUUUAUUAUUAAAUUAUUUUUUUUCCAAAGAGAGCAUUGCACACACCACAAUGAGAAACAUUAAAAAAACAAUAUCUGUAUAUACAUACUUAAUAUCCCUUUCGAGAUGAUGUAAUACAGUUAAUUUAAAUUUUUAGAAUAUUUUCAGUAUUCUUUGUGUAUUUAAUUUUAUCUAUUUAUAUGCAGUGUUACGUUCAGAUGUUUUGCUAUUUGUUUGCUGUAAACGUUGUUGAUGCCAAUCAGCCCGUCUCCCUGAAAUACACAAAAAUCACUGAUGGCUUUUUGACUUUUUAUAAGAAAGAAAUACUUCAACAUUCCCAAACCAUAUUUUGCUUUUAAGGUAAAGCACAAAAAAUGAAAUUCUGUUCAUAAAAGUCAAUACCUGAUUUUUUUUUUUCCUGAAAGCUUUUUUGUGUAAUAAAAUUAGUCAACUGAAUAAAUUAUUUGCUACCUUUAAAGACAGAGCCCAGGUUCUCUUAUGAGUCUUGCAUGCUUAACCUAAAGAUCAUGAGCCUAUGUCCUGUACUACUUACUAAAAUAGCCAGAGGUGACACUGAAUGAAUUCACAGCAAUUGACGAAAUUGUGUACUAUGUAUACAGUUUCUCGUUCUACCAGUGACCUUGUACGCUGUAGUGCCUGUCAUCAAACUGCAUGCUUUUUUACUAACUUGUAACGAAAGUAUGUAUCAAGACGCAUAAGAGAGCCUAGGAUUCUUGAUUGGCACCUCAGAGUAAAUAUUACAUUCUAUUUGUAUUAAACUGCAAGAAAUGCUUUCUGUACCUAUUCUGUACAGCCACAUUUUUAGUAUAUUUUGUCACAUUAAUAUAUUUAUUGGUGCUGUAAAGUGGUAAGUUUAAAUAUUAACAUCUGUUUUAGUGUAAACUAGUAUAAACAUAUUUAUUUUCAAAUUAUAUUGUUUUUUAUUAAAGAAGAAAAAGUUGAUUUCAGUUUGAAAGCCUGUCUUUUAAACCAGUGCAUAUAUUAUGCAUUCUUUGGGUACAGUGUGUAGCUUACUCCAUACUAAGGGGCUGUUAAAUCUUUUCAUACAACAGUGUAAAUUUUAUUUGAAAUUUGUCUUGAUUGACCAUAGAAGAUGGGAAACCUAUUUAAUAGACAAAUAUCAUGAACAAGAUGAAUAAUUUAAUUGUGAGAAGUGCUUAUUCACAUAUGAUGUAGUGUUUCGUGUCACAUUACUUACAAAAUUACUUAAUUAGCCAUAUAAUUAAAAAAGAAUCUUUACAUCACAUUUAUUUUCACAUAAGAUAUGGAAAUGCUCACAGGUUGAAGUUUUAGGGUUUUCAUGACGAAAAUUAGGAGACAUUUGUACACAGGAUUGUGAUAGUCUGGAACAGACAUACAGUACUCAACAUUAGCCUGAAGCUGAUUCUGUGGUAUCCUUAUAAAAAUGGCUUGAUGUUAUUUUGAUCAUUUAGCCACUAACAACCAAACAAAGAAGAUAGGACUCCUCUUGUCUAUGACCUUUCGUAAGUUAUAAAUCUUCAAUGGAACAUUAAUAGCUGAUGAACAGGUGAAAUUUGUCCUAUGCCACAGGACUAUGAAAGUGAGCCCCUGUUCAGUAUAGUUUUUUUCAUUUAAGAGAAGUAAAAUUUGGCUGUUUUCUUAGGUAUAUAUUUUUAUAUUCUAUAGUUGCACACAAUGUUGGAGAUGUACAGUACUAGUUCUUUAAUGCAUUCUCUAGAAAUUAUAUGAAUGCGUCGGUAUCCAUGGUAACCUUAAGACUAUAAAGCACUAUAUCAGAUGUUAAAAUAUUUUCAUAUUUUUUAUAUUUUAGCAACCUGUCCAUAUAUUGUCACACAUCUGAGGUCAUCAUGGCUUUUGCUCGCUACUGAUCAUCUUAUUGAAGUUGAAAGGAAAGGAGAUGGUUUGGUUAAAAUGCUAAAGGUUGAAAACUGAAAAGAGACCAAUGUUUAUUUGAACAAGGAUAAAAAUAAACAUAAAAUUAAAAUAGGCUACAGAAUCAGUCUCAAAAGGUUCCAUCAUGUGUAGCAGUGCUCUUUGACUUAUGAUCUGGUUUGUUCUGGCUUGGAACCUUCCCAAAGAAGUAAAAUGCUUACUCGUGCAAUGUUGUUUAUUUCUAAAGGUGCGUUUCCUUCUGCUUCAGCUGCACUGUGUAUUUUUUGUGCCUCUCAAUGAGGAAUACUACAGGCAGCUGUGUGAUGGUCUUGGAAAUUGAGCAAUCCCCAGUAACUUUGACACUAAUCGGCCUGAUGAAGUAUCUGUAACACAGGUUUAGAUGAAUUCAGUGAACUUAACAAUAUCCCAUAAAAAAUAAACUCAAGGGAAAACUGAGUUGGAAAUUGCAUGCUAUGAAAUAAUAGUUUUUUAUUGGUUGGACCAUGUUAGAAACAUUGAAAACCUUGUAUAUUAAGAAAGGAACAGAUAUUUCACGAGGUAAACAACAGGAUGAGAAUCUUACUUUUGAAGAUGUGGCUAUCUUAUCAACUGCUGUAAUUCAAGAAGAUGAAUAAAAAGUUUUUGUUAUGAA